GGCGGAGGCUGUUAAAGGGACACGGUCGCCGGUGGCGAUAAUGGCUGGCGGCGCGGGAUGGCAAUCGCCACCGGCGGCGGGACCGUGAGGGAGCGGCGAGGGUGCUGGCAGGAUGGAGAUCCUGGUGCAGACCCCUCUCGCCCUGGUAGCCGGCUCCGGCCCUGCCGACAGUUCCCGGGGCACAGCGGGGACAGUUGCCCCAGCUUCAGCACUCCGGGGUGCUGCAGGCACCCAGGGAAGGGUGCUGCGCCCAGGUGCUGGUGGACUUCACCUGCCCAGUCCACGGCUGGUGGUGGGACCUGCAGCCGGGGGAUGCCCCAUUGCUUCCCCCCCAUUUCCCAGCUCCCCCAGCCCAGCGCCCACUCAGCGUCCCCAGUCCAGGACCCAGCUUCACCACUGCUCCCCAAACUGGAGGGAGCUGGUUGGGUGCCGUGUUUAAUCCCAUCCCCUCUGCCUUCUCCCAGCACAGCCCCCUGCGAGCAGGGGGCCCAGCUCAGCCCGCUGCCCCGGCCAGGCCCUGGGGAGGCGGAUGGAGCUGCCUGGAUCCGGCCGCCUGGCUCCUGCCUCCAUUAUUUAUAAGGCAGGUCGGAUUUCGCAUUGGCAGUCGGGAGGGAUCUGGGGGGAGGAGACUGUACACACACACACACACACACACACACACACACGCUCACACCCUCAUCCCACCCUGUCCAGCGGGUGACAACCGCAGGAAAAGGGGUCCGAGGGGCCGGUGACCACGGUGAUGUGUGGGUCAGUGGCAUCAUUCAGGUGACACGUCAUUUUCCCACUGCCUGAGGAACUGGGGGUCCUUCCCCCUGUGAUCCCUUGACCCCCCAGCAAUGCCCUGUCCCUCCCUGAUGCCCUGUCCCCACGGGGAUGUCCCAGGGGAAUUGCCAGCCAGCAGCAGCCCAGGGUGGUGGUCCAGCCCUUGGGGGAUGCACAGUGCUCCCAGAGCCAGCCCAGUGCCAGCAGGGCUGGCAGGCACAGGGAGGCAGUUUGGCCCUGCGGGGUCCCUGUUGUCCCUUUGGUCCUGGCACAGCCCCAUUGUCACUAACGCCUGCCAGCUCCGGGCCCUGGAGGGGACAUAUUGGGGUGGCCCCAUGUCCCGGCGACAUUUUCAUGCCAAGAAGGGUCACAACUACUGGAGGAGUCUCCGGGCAGGGGGAGUCUCCGGGCAGGGGGAGUCUCCGUGCACAUGCCCCCAGGGGAGGGGACACAGCUGGGGUGGAUGCCCCCCUAUGCCACCAGCUCAGGGGGUACCCACACCCUGGGGUGUCCGAUGUGGGGUGCCCAGCAUACCCAGCUCACCCCACAGCCGUGGGCAACCCCGGCUCGCUGGGCCAGGCCCCCUGAGCCUCCUUGGAGCAUGGGGACCCUCCCUCCCGGGUGCCAGGAGGGUGGUGGCCGGUGUCCCCAUGCUCGGGCCAGGGCAGCAGCCAACAUCACUCCUCCACAACUCAUCUUUAUGCAAACCGCCAGCACCCCAUUGGCCUCCGCUGCCCUCCCAUCCCCACCGCCCGGGGGAUGCUGAAGGGUCUUGCCCCACGCCCCCAGCGUGUCCCCACGGCGAUGGGACCCUGGCCCCAGAGCAUCACCCUGGGCCCCGAGCAUCACCGGUCCAGCCGGACCACCGGUGCCAAAACUGGACCGCAGUGCGCCGGGUGCCGUCGCCGCGGCAACCGCCGUCGCCUAGCGCCGGCUGUCUCCCGGUAACCCGUCGCCUAGCAAUGGGGGAUUUUUCACAGCUCGGGAUGAAGAGUUGAAAGUUAUUUUUAGCCCGGGCUGCGAAUCAAUAGGCAGCUCCAUUCGCCGCCCCGCAGGAUGCACGCGCGGGGGCUUUGCUGGGGCUGGUGGGGCGGGGGGUAGGCUGCCGAGGGGAGCAGGGUGGCUUGGCUGGCCUGGGGUCACCACCCCAGCACGGACCCCCCCACACACAC